AUGGGACGGGAAUCCUCCUCGACGCACCGCUCGACGGCCUCCGCUGGGGUUCACCGGUUCACGAUCGACGGGCACUCGCGGGCUGCACGCAGUAGGGCAUUCAUCUGGUCCAAGCCCUUCUGGGUGGGUGGGUACGAGUGGGCCAUCCUCUACUACCCCAACGGGACUGCCAAUGCCGGCGGGGAGCACGCGUCAGUAUUCCUCGCCCUAAAGAACGCCGGCGAAGCCAAGGUCACCACGUCCUUCACCUUCAGCUGCCUCCAAGAUCCUGCAUCUCCGGCCGCGGAGGAGAGGCGCAAAGUAGUCUACGCCACGACAUUCACCUCCAAGGCUUGUCAAUGGGGAAGCGUCAAGUUCAUCAGCAAAGCGGAUCUGGUUCCGGCCUCGUCGUCGGGCUGCCUGAAAGACGACCGCCUGGUGAUCAAGUGCACCGUGGAGGUCAUCACCACAGAGCUCACCUACGGCGACGACCAAGAUAGCUCGAGUUUCGUCGGGCCACCCUCCGAUCUGACACAGCAGCUCGGCCAUCUCCUGGAGAGCGGCGACGCCACGGACAUUGCCAUCGAUGUAGGCGGAAUAAAGGAAGUCAAGGCGCACCGGUGUGUGCUCACGGCACGGUCGCCGGUCUUUCGUGCGAUGCUGUGCGGCUCCAUGAUGGAGAGCAAGGAAACCAACAUCUGCGUCGAUGACAUGGAACCCAGUGUCUUCGAGGUCCUGCUGCAUUAUAUGUACCACGACGAUCUGCCGUCGUUCAUGAAGGACGCGUGCACGGAAGAGGCAAUAACGAUGGCGCAACACGUGCUCGCCGCCGCCGAUCGGUACGGCGUGGAGAGGCUGAAGCUGAUAUGCGAGAGCAUGCUGGGCAAGACGAUGGAUGUCUACACGGUGUGUUCGACUCUGGGUUUUGCGGAUCGGCACAACUCCGAACGGCUCAAGAAUUGCUGUCUCACAUACAUGCUGAAAGACCGCGAGAGGUUGAAGGCCAUUGUCAAAACCGAAGGGUUCUUGCAGCUAUGCAAAAAUUCUGCGUCUGUUGCGCGUGAACUCUUUGAAAAGACUAUACAAAGUAAUUGA